UGCGUACUGAAGAAUGAUGCAUGGUGUGAGAUCCGAGAGAGCAAGGGGUUGUUGUCAACGGCGUGAGGAAGGUUGGGCAACUUCUGCUUUUUUGGGAUGCAUGAUCGCUACAUCCCAACGAUCGGUAAAACGUUGUGUUGGAAAACGCUGGUCACACUCUUGAGAGCUGGUUUGAUCAUCUUGAAAGCACCACAUCGUUCGCUCACAUCACCUGAGGUUUACCGGUGCGCUUGGAGUCGGUUUAUCGCAUUCCUUUGAUAAUCUUCUUGUGGAUGGUACUCCACACAUUAUCCAAAAGAUGGCACACUAUGGAGACUUGUUCAAGACUAGGAUAUGCAGAGCUUUCCAACAAGGGAAUUGCGACCGGACAAACUGUUCAUUUGCGCACGGAGAGGAAGAACUAAGAAUUGUUGGGAACAACGAGAGGCGGUACAUGGGAGAGGGUCAAGGACAAGUGUGGGACCGGUUGAGGAGGCCUGCAUCACCACCCAGGAAUGUGUAUAGGCGUAGACCUUCUCCACAUGCUCGUGGUCCAGCUUCUCCACAUGCUCGUGGUGCAGCUUCUCCACAUGCUCGUGGUCCAGCUUCUCCAGGAAGACCACCUCCAAUGCGUAGAGGUCCACCAAUGGACAACAGGAAUCGUAACCGUUCUCACUCUCCUAUGUACAAACGGCGGAGGAGUAACUCGAACUCGCCAUCCCGAUCACCUCGUCCAUUAAAUGGGGACAUAAGGCAGAUCAAACGGGUGCGCCCUGAUCACGGAGAGCAGGACUACAGUGAUGUUUCUGGGGAGGGUGGUGACGACAUUCCACACAGGGUUGCAAGUAGGCUGAGUCCUAUGUCAGGCGGUGGUGGGAAAGACGUGUAUGAGCUGCAGGAGCAGAUGAGCAAGAUGUCUGCUGAAAAGCAGGAACUUCUGCAAGAAGUUCGAGCGUUGACGGCUAAAAUGCACGCUAUGGAGGAUGCUUUAAAAAGGAAAGAGGUAAUGGUCAAGGAUUUACUCACGAAGCUGACAGUUUCUGAGGAGAAAUUUCAAAGGCUGGAGUUGCAGCUGAGGGAGAUUGUGACAGCUCAGAUCAAAGUUGAAAAAAGCAAGGAGCAUUAUGAGUGUUCACAGGCGGAAUUGCGGAAGCGCCUGGAGGAAGCGAUGGGUGAGAAUCAGGCUGACCCAGUGAUGAAGGUGCUGGGAGAUGAGGAUCUGACAAGAAGACAUCCUGCUUCUACCCCCAAGUUGGCACCUGGGCAUGGAGAGGGCAGCGGCAGGGCCAUGGGAGGCAGAGCUACAAGUCCUGGAGUCAGAAGCAAAGAAGGACUUCGCAUGCAGGAGAGUGUUGGGCAUGAAAGAGAGAGGGAACAAGAUAGAGAAAUGGAGAGGGGCGACCGAGACCGAGACCGAGAUGGUGAAAGAGAGAAAUACAGACACAGAGACAGAGAGAACGGAUUGAGGAGGGAGAAAUGUGGAAGUGCAGGGGGGGGCUCUCACGGUGGGAGAAAGCACCAUGGUGAAGAUGGUGAGUCUGAAUAUUUCUGAAUGCGCAACAUCAUCUGUUGUUGUCUUAGUGGUUUCAUCCCUCCACCUGUUUGUAGGUCAGACACCCAGGCUCAAAGAGCCUUCGGGAGUAAUCAUGAUUUUAACUGCUAUAGGAAAAGAGAUCAUCGCCACUGUACCAGAGGGGCCAUUUUGUCGCACUGCAAACAGAUGCUUGCAGUUUCUUUCUCGUGUCAGAGGUUCCGCUUGCUGUGUCAGAUCUAUGCCAAGGAGCUUUCAUAGGUUGAAGAAGCUUUGUGGUUGCCGUAGAGUAGUAGCACUUAAUGGGCUGCUCUCUCCUAGUCCUAGUGGGUUCCUUAUGGCCCAUGCUAAGUCAGCUUGCCAUGUUGAUUGAGGGAGUGUUUUUAGAGAGUAUCAGAGGUAAAAUUGUAACCACAGUUCGCCUUGUGUAUCAUGUAUCCUGUAAUGAGGUGCUGCGGUCCUUGCCGGCCCAGUGGGCUCUUAACCACUUGUUCCCACCCUGACAAGUUCGUGCUCACAAUGAGAAUGACUGCAUUGCCUUUCGGUGUACGUACGGGAUCAGCGGACUGUCAGCGCAUUGCAGGUAUGGCAGGAAUGGGAUGUUUUACAUCCAUAUAUACGUGCAAAUGUUAAGCGUGCAUGUUCUCACAUACGAUCAAUUUGUUAUCCCGCU